UAGCAACGUAUCAACCAUGACAAUGUCUACUAUAAAAACAUUACAGCAAAUUUUUCCAAACUGGUAAUGCAACUUGCAAAGGAGUGCAGGAUUUGGGUUCUUCAACAACACAAGUGGAAAAGGGAAAAAGAAGACGUGAAAACCACGUCGCAUUGGUGAAACACACUAUAUAAAGCUCUGUGAUACGGUGGGGGACAAAACACACUCAAACUUCUCUGAAAUAACCUGACACCGGUCCUUCCAAAGAGUAAGAUGACAACUUCAUCCGAAUCUGUCCGAAAGGUUUGGAUCAAUGAAUGAUAAUACACUUACUGUUUUGAUCCCCCUUAAUCUGAUGGGCGGCUUUUUGAGUCAGGGUCUGAGCAAAAUGGCCACGAAUCGGCUCCAGAAGGAGCUCAUGGAGUGGCAACUGAACCCUCCUUCCGGCUUCAUCCACAAAGUCUCCGACAAUCUCCAACGAUGGACCAUUGAAGUGAAUGGAGCUCCAGGAACUCUCUAUGCCAAUGAAACUUACCAGCUUCAGGUGGAUUUUCCCGAGCAUUACCCCAUGGAAGCUCCACAGGUUGUGUUUCUGCAUCCAGCUCCACUCCAUCCUCACAUCUAUAGCAACGGUCACAUUUGUUUAGAUAUAUUAUAUGACUCCUGGUCCCCAGCCAUGAGACUGAGUUCAGUCUGUCUAAGCAUUCUCUCCAUGCUCUCGAGCUCAUCCGUCAAGCAACUGCCAAAAGACAAUGACCGUUACAUAAAGAACUGCAGAAAUGGCAGAUCUCCCAAGGAGACGAGGUGGUGGUUCCACGACGACAAAGUCUGAUAUGGUGUGAACAUCUUUCCCAUCAGCUUCCUUAACUUUUUUAGGGUUUCUGAUGAAUUAACAAGGAAGGAUCAAUCAUGGAUAAAACACCGAUGAUUCUCCCUGGAUAUGGCAAUGUCCUGUGUCUUUAAUCUGUCAAUAGAACAAAUCUCUGCUAAUAGAACCAGUUUUCUGGUCUGGGGUUGAGUUCUUGACUCUCAAUCUCAGCGGAAAAAAGGCCAAAAACCUAAGAUCCUUGAUCUGUAUAAUCACUCCCUAACAAAGAUUGCAUUACCAA